UGUCAAUGACUCAUAUCGAAACUGCGGGACUUGUUUACAUUCGUUUCCUUAGGCUUACUGUGUGUGUAUUUCUUUCAAAUGAUAACACCUACUUUGAUUAACUAGAGGAUAUUAAACAAGAUGGACGAACAGGGUUACUGACUGACUGACUAUUACAACUAAAGCUGAAGUUCUGUUACCAACAGACACCAAACAGAAAACGAAAUAACGGAAGUUUAAUCGGUGAAGGUUGAGCUAUGGCUGAACGUCACGAACAGAAACGUAAGGUAGUGGAGAAGAUUAAACUCGUUCUUGUUGGCAACAUGGACGUGGGAAAGACCAGCCUCGCUGUCAGAUUUGCCAGAAGUGCAUUCGACGAAAAUCACGGGAGCACCAUUGGUGCGAGUUUUCUGGCCAAGGCGGUGGAAAUGUCAGAUAAAACCAUCAUCUUUCAUAUCUGGGACACUGCGGGCCAGGAGCGAUUCCACAGCUUGAUCCCCAUGUAUCUGAGAGACGCCAGGGCAGCCAUUGUCCUCUACGAUAUUACCGACGAAAAUUCGUUCAAAAAUGUGAAAAAUAUUUGGAUGCCCAAACUCCAGAAAGACGGACCAGAAAAUCUACAAGUCGCCAUCGUGGGUAGUAAGUUAGAUUUGACGCAUCUUCGUCAAGUUGAUAAACAGAGAGCUGAGCAUUUCGCGCAGAAGUACCGCUGUCUGUUCACAGAAACUUCCGCCAAAACUGGAGCUAAUGUCGAAAAACUGUUUUAUGAUAUCGCGGAUUCUCUCAGUGAUACGGCGACCCGAUCUCACGGAGUCCUCCGAUCUUCGACGAUUCAUCUCGACGACUCCGACAAUGAGGACCAUCAGGUCAAGGAGCGCAAGAAAUGCUGUGCAGAAUUUUGACCGCAUUAAAGAGGGAUUCUCACACUUGCUAAAUGCGCCAACAAAAUAGACUACAAGAGCUGAUCAAGAAAAUAGUUUGAGAAGACGUUAGUGAACUGACAAAAACGUCCCAACCUGUGAAAAGCUCAAUCCAAUGAAAUUUUAAGAAGGAAAACAGGCACUUGAUUGUAUUUAGGAGGGUCGGGUCUCGUGGUUGCCCCCCCCCACCACCACCACCACCACCAAAUCCCCACCCCGCCCCUGGAUCUUCCUCUAAAACAGUUUGUCCAGCCCGUUACGUGUUCGUUCUAUACCACGUUUCAUUGAUUUUUUGGUAUAUAUUUGAUUUAUGGCUAGGUAUUUAUAAAUCUUGGAGAACAGUAACUUGGUUCAGUUUGGCGGACGUUUUUAACAAUAAAAUGAUAGUAAAAUAGCUUUCAGCAGCCAGCGGUAGUUGAAGGGAAUCGCCAGCAUAAUGAAUGUGUGAAGUCACAUUAUAUGCGAUCUGGUAUGUCAAAGUCCGUGGCAUGUGCUGUCUUAUCUAGGGCUAGUGCGGGUUUCGUUUCAGAAGUACCAAAGGUUUGACAUCCAAUAGUGUAUGAUUAAUUUAUCAAUAUGCUCAACUGAUGUCGUUAAAGAAAAUAAACAUUAACUUUCGCUCGUCACAUACCAAAACUGUUCACUCAUUUCAUACAA